UAUAGUUCGGUGAUUUACACAGUUAAUAGCGCGAGCACGCCUGUGUGGCACGCUUUGUUACCGUUGCCGUGACCGUGUCCCAUUCUUUGCCUGAGGAAAGCGGAACGCCAAAGCGAAAUGGGAGCUGCUGUGACUGUGACUGCGCCUGGGCUGAAAGGAAGGAGGAGACAGAGACCGUAAUUGCGGGAAAUUCAUAGAAUGAGAAAGCACAAUGCAUCUCCAGUCUCCUGAGUUGUUCGUCCCUCUGUUUUUGUCAUGAUCAAAUGCUUGACAGAAAAAGUACAAACCAGUUUGCGUUCUGGAGUGGCCAUCAGUUCUCUGGGGCAGUGUGUUGAAGAGCUUGUCUUCAAUAGCAUAGAUGCUAAAGCAACAUGUGUGGCCAUUAGAGUGGAUUUGGAAACCUUUAAGAUUCAAGUGGUAGAUAAUGGCUCUGGGAUGGGAAGAGAAGACCUCAGCAAAGUGGGAAACAGAUACUUUACCAGUAAAUGCUACUCAGUGGAAGACCUAGAAAAUUUAAAAUUUUAUGGCUUCCGUGGAGAGGCUUUGGCAAGCAUUGCAAGCAUGGCAAGCAUAGUAGAAAUAUCAUCCAAGACAAAUAAGAUUGCCAAAACAUUUCUGAAAUUAUUUCACAAUGGAAAAGGAUUGGAAGUUUCUGAAGCAGAAUUGAAUAGACCAAGUGCUGGAACAACAGUGACUGUGUACAACUUAUUUCAUCAGUUACCUGUGAGGAGAAAAUGCAUGGAUUCUGUACUGGAAUUUGAGAGAUUGAGGCAUAAGGUAGAGGCUGUUUCACUUAUGCAUCCCUCUGUUUCUUUUUCAUUAAGAAAUGAUGCGUCCUGUUCUAUAAUGCUUCAGCUACCCAAGACAAAAGAUGUGCGUUCUCGGUUUUCUCAAAUUUAUGGUCUAAGUAAGUCACAGAAAUUGAGAGAAAUAUAUCAUAAGUCUGAAAGAUUUGAGAUAAGUGGCUAUAUCAGUUCUGAAGGGCAUUACAAUAAAAAUAUUCAGUUUUUGUAUGUGAAUGACAGACUGGUAUUAAAAACAAGAUUGCAUAAGCUAAUUGAUUUUUUAUUAAGAAAACAAAGCAUUAUAUGUAAAACAAAAAGUGGGCCUGUAACUUCCAGUCCUGUUCGUCAUCGUUCUGGCCCAGAACUCUAUGGAAUCUUCGUCAUGAAUGUCAAGUGCCAGCAUGAUGAAUAUGAUGUGUGUUUGGAACCUGCAAAAACGCUAAUAGAGUUUCGCAACUGGGAUGCUGUUCUACUUUCCAUUGAAGAAGGCGUGAAAACCUUCUUAAAACGAGAAGAUCUAUUUAUUGAGCUGUGUGGUGAAGAUGUUAAAGAAUUUAAUGAAAACAAUGGCUUUUGUCUGGGUUCUUCUAUGGCUUUACAGCCUUCUCUUCCUGAGGAGAAACGCAUGCAGGAGAAUUUCAAGAGAGCUUGUGAUAAUAUUGUGGAUUCUUAUGAAAUGUUUAAUCUGCAGUCAAAGUCUGUCAGAAGGAAAAUAACUCUUGAAAAGGAGAUAGCAGAUCACGCUGGACCCACUGACAAUAUGAAGGAAAUAGUUGCUCUCCCAGAUUUGACUCUCACUGAACCAGUUCAUGAAAGUAGCAGUAAAGUGGAAAAUCCUCUGCCCAACAAAAAUAGCACCUCUCCUGAUCUCCCAAAAUCAAGUAACCAGCACAAAGAGCCAAAAGUAUGUGAUGAUCCACAGACUGAGGUCAUAAAUUCUAGGCGUUCACAAGAAGGCUGCGGGCCUUCAGAUGCUUUAGAAAUAGGCAAUUAUAGUGGGACAUUGCUUUGUUCUGAGAUGUAUGAUAAAGAUGGAAACAGCCUGAGUGAUCCAGCAUUUCAGGGAAGCAGCUCCAACUCUGCCAUUCUUAGACACAUUGAAUCUAUGAAAGAUGUUAAUGUAUGUGCUUUGGGGGAGAAAUAUAGAACUACAGAAGAGGGAAGAGGGCCUCCUAUGGGGUUAAAUUCCCAUAGAGAAGUAGCAAUGAGACAAGGAUCUUUAAAGUUGUGUUCUACAGGUCUUAUAGUGCACCUGGUGCAAAGUCAGCCAUCGUAUAAAACAAUAGACAUUAACCAUUCAUCAAACACACCACCUGUACUAGGUCCAGUAAGUGCCAAGGAUAUAUUUGACAAAAAGCUCAGGUUUUCAGGACAGACUUCAAGUACUCAGGAAUGUUUAAGAAUGAAUGAAGGAAGUAUAUAUGCAGAAAAUGCCAGUGAAUGCAUGGAAAUUGGGAAUGCAUUAGACCAAAAGAAUGAAAUGGAUUCACUUCCAGCAAUUGGCAGGAGUGACUUAGUGACACCAUGUGUCAAAGAAUUGAUUUCCCUUGCUCCUUCCAGUUCUGUUCAUAAUGAAGAUAAUACAACCUCAAGAAAGCAAAUGGCUGAGAAUUUAACUAGAUUCAGAAACCACACUUUUACAAAACUAAGCUUACUUCCAAAACUGGGGUCAUUAGAAAGAUUCAGGCGACAAUAUGGGAGCAUAAGGAAUACACAGUCAGUAACUGCAGAAUUUGGGAAUAAGUUUGCAGUCAGUUCUCACACCAAUAAGAAUAAAAAUCUUGAACACUCAAGCAUUCGUGAAUUGCCAGCUAAAGAGCAUGUUGGAUGUAAUAAUAAUGGCUGUGAUUGCCCCCUUCUCUUGGAAAAGUCUCAACUCUCUACUGAUGAAAGUGUAUUAAGCAGAAAAACAUAUGUAAGAGAGAGCCCUCUGACCCUGACGGAUUACUCUCGCACCAGAACAAAAGCUCCAAGAAGUUGUAAAUUCACAGGAACCCUUGCCUCCAAAGUGUCUAGAAUGAAGGGAAACCUUAAAGAAACUAUAAGUAUAGAACCUAGAGGGCAGCCUUCCAAACAAUUUCAAGUGCAUUCUAGCCUGAAAAAUGAAUACAGAGGUGGUCUCCCUUCUCAAAAUAAUCUUUUGCAAAGUAACUAUCCUGUAUCUCAAUUGUUCACAAGAGAAGUAGGGACAAAGAGCCACAAUUUUGCUCCACACUCUCCAGAGAAAGGUCAUCCCAUGGAACUCUCAAACACAAGAGCAAGGGAUGUGGAAGAUACUGACAGCCUUUGUUUAAUCAACACUGAUGGAGAAUAUGUAGCCUCUCAAAAGAGAGAUUUGUCAUUGCACAAUAAAGAGGUAUCUCCUGAAGACACCUGUGAAGAUACAAGUACUAUGGAUGACUCUUCAAAGCAAAGUGUGAACAGCUGUGAACUCCCUACAGUGGCCCUGUCAAGUGUCAGCAAAGAUGCCACUGAUGAUGCAAGUCCAACUCAGAAUGAGGAAUCACAGUUUCAUCCUUCCGGGUGGUUUGAUCAGUUUGAUGCAUCCUUGGGUAGGACAGUAUACAUCAACAGAAUGACUGGACUGAGCACCUACAAUGCUCCUCCCAGUGAGGAACCUAAGGCUGUAUGUACUAAAGAUAUUAGUACAAUGGCUGUAAAUGUUGUCAUGGAGAAUGGGUUCCAGUGCAGAUGUCAUCCUUUUAGAAGUGAGUUUAUUGUUCCUUUCCUUCCAAGGCCUCAGAAAGAGAGGCAUUUGACAAGCCAAGACUUCAGAGAUGCUCAAGGUGAAUCUCUUCAGUCCUUGUUUUCAGAAUGGGACAAUCCUGUGUUUGCUCACUGCCCAGAGAUUGCUGUUGAUGUGAGCAGUGGCCAGGCUGAUAACCUUGCUGUGAAAAUGCAUAACGUCCUGUAUCCUUACCGGUUCACCAAGGCCAUGAUUGAGUCAAUGCAGGUCCUUAAUCAAGUGGACAGUAAAUUUAUUGCUUGUUUAAUCAACACAAGAUCAGAUGAAAACAAAGAGAUAGAUGGAAACCUUCUUGUACUGGUUGAUCAACAUGCUGCCCAUGAACGUAUCCGCCUUGAGCAACUUAUCAUAGAUUCCUAUGAGAAGCAGUCUGAAGCAUCAGGCAGGAAGAAGUUGCUGUCCUCCACUGUGUGUCCCCCAUUGGAGAUUGAGAUAACAGAGGAGCAGAGAAGACUCUUAUGGUGCUGCCAUAAAAGGCUAGAGGACUUAGGCCUUGAAUUAUCCUUUCCAGAGAACAAUCCUUUGCAGAUUCUUGUAGGGAAAGUGCCACUGUGUUUUGUAGAGAGAGAGGCCAAUGAAUUGCGCCGUGGAAGACAGACAGUGGCUAAAAGCAUUGUGCAGGAGUUCAUUCAAGAGCAAGUUGAGCUACUGCAGGCCACAGGAGGAGCACGAGGAACACUACCACUAACAAUUCUGAAGGUUUUGGCUUCCCAGGCUUGCCAUGGUGCGAUUAAGUUUAAUGACAGCUUGACUUUGGGGGAGAGCUGCCAGCUCACGGAAGCUCUGUCCUGUUGUCAGUUGCCCUUCCAGUGUGCUCAUGGAAGACCCUCCAUGCUGCCUCUUGCAGAUACAGAUCACUUGCAACAGGAAACUCAGCCUAAACCUAAUCUAGCAAAACUAAGAAGAAUGGCUAAAACUUGGCAGCGCUUUAGGAAAGAAAAGGACCCCAGUGGGGAAUCAUGAACCCUAUCUCAGUGCUUCAGCUAACUACUAGUACCACCAGCUGCGUCACAUUGGUUCCAGCAGCUCUUCCUCUGGAACACAAAUUGGUGAGGCUCAUCUAACAACCUUGAAAGCACAGCAAUAGAAAGCAGUUCAGCAUUCUGGAUACAGGAGCAGCUCAAAGAAUAGUACUUCAAAUAUCCCUAUUGGAGGCAAAAGUCUGUUUUCCUGGGGAACGUGGAAGGUCUUGAGCUAAAAAGGUGUAAGUAAAAAGUUUGGAAAGACUAUUUUAAUCAACAUCAUACCCUUUACUCUCAGGAAGUGGUAGGUAUUAUUAAAGAGGACUACAUACUUGGCCAAAAUUUUACUCACAGCUGUUACAAGCUGUGACAGUGUUUUGAUAUCAUCUGUAGCACAAGUAUCCAAAUGCUAAUUAAUCAUGGGGAAAUGUCUAAUGCAGGCUAAAGCUUCUGUUUGAAUUAUUGUAAGAAAGAAACAAAAAAGGGCAUUUUAUGCAACUAAUUAUCAUCUGCAGGUUAAGGUAAUCUAUGUUGCAGUUUCUGAAAGUGUAAAACAUCCACCAAAUGAAACAAAAAAGAGGAAAGAAUCCUGCCUUGUUUCUUUUUAUAGCUGCUGGUGGAAUUAACCCAUCCCCCUUUCCCAAAUAGCUGCUGCUUCAGAAAGCAAAGUGGAAGAUUCGGAGGGGCCUCUCACUAGAGCAUUUAUCAGACUGGAGACAGCUUUUAUUGCCAGAAAUUCCUUCUACAAUUAAAUUGUUAAUGAACUGUAUCCACUGUUGAAUGUGAUGCUCAACCAGAAUAUU